CAGCCGCAGCACGUCAUCCACUCCGCACCCACUGCCAUCCCCCCGGCCCCGAGGCGGACGGAAAUGGCCACCGCAACCAUGGCCACGGCUGCCGCCACAGCCGCGCCGCCUCGUCGCCUCCGUGUCCCCGCGCCGCCCCGCGGCGGCCACGCGCGCUGCGCCGUCGCGAGCAACGCGACGGAGGCUCCGGCCGCGCCCGGCGCACGGUUGUCCGCGGACUGCGUCAUCGUGGGCGGCGGUAUCAGCGGCCUCUGCACCGCACAGGCGCUGGCCACCAAGUACGGAUUCGGCGACGUGCUCGUCACGGAGGCCCGCGCCCGUCCAGGCGGAAACAUCACCACCGUCGAGCGCCCCGACGAGGGGUACCUCUGGGAGGAGGGGCCCAACAGCUUCCAGCCCUCCGACCCCGUCCUCACCAUGGCCGUGGACAGCGGGCUCAAGGAUGACUUGGUGUUCGGAGACCCGAACGCUCCACGUUUCGUGCUGUGGGAGGGCAAGCUGAGGCCGGUGCCUUCCAAGCCCGCCGACCUGCCUUUCUUCGACCUCAUGAGCAUACCUGGGAAACUCAGGGCUGGCCUUGGCGCGCUCGGCAUUCGCCCGCCUCCUCCAGGGCGUGAGGAGUCGGUGGAGGAGUUUGUGCGCCGUAACCUCGGAGCAGAGGUCUUUGAGCGCCUCAUCGAGCCUUUUUGCUCAGGUGUGUACGCUGGUGACCCUUCAAAGCUCAGCAUGAGGGCUGCGUUUGGGAAGGUGUGGAGGCUGGAGGAGAUUGGUGGUAGCAUUAUUGGUGGAACCAUCAAAGCAAUUCAGGAUAGAGGGAAGAAUCCCAAACCGCCUAGGGAUCCUCGACUUCCGUCACCCAAGGGGCAGACUGUUGCAUCUUUCAGGAAGGGUCUAGCCAUGCUCCCAAAUGCUAUUGCAUCUAGGUUGGGUAGUAAAGUCAAACUGUCAUGGAAGCUUACGAGCAUUACAAAAUUGGACAACCAGGGAUAUUUAUUAGCAUAUGAAACACCAGAAGGAGUUGUUUCAGUGCAAGCUAAAAGUGUUAUUAUGACCAUUCCGUCAUAUGUUGCUAGUGAUAUUUUGCGCCCACUUUCAGUCUGUUCCACUAGAUGCCAGUCACUGGAGGCAAGUCUGGUCCUGCUUACCAUCUGCAAACGUCUCUCACUAACCUGUAGGUUGCAGUUGCAAGUAGGUGAUGCAGCAGAUGCUCUAUCAAGAUUUUAUUAUCCACCAGUGGCUGCUGUAACUGUUUCAUAUCCAAAAGAAGCUAUUAGGAAAGAAUGCUUAAUUGAUGGGGAGCUCCAGGGCUUUGGUCAGUUACAUCCACGUAGCCAAGGAGUUGAGACUUUAGGGACAAUAUAUAGCUCUUCCCUCUUUCCAAAUCGCGCUCCAGCUGGAAGGGUGUUACUUCUGAACUACAUUGGGGGUGCUACAAAUACAGGGAUCGUUUCCAAGACUGACAGCGAUUUGGUAGAAGCUGUUGAUCGUGACCUCAGGAAAAUGCUGAUAAAUCCUAGAGCAGCAGAACCGUUAGCCCUAGGUGUUCGAGUGUGGCGACAAGCCAUACCACAGUUCCUAAUUGGGCACCUUGACCGUCUUGAUGCUGCCAAAGAUGCCCUGGGCCGAGGUGGCUAUGACGGCUUGUUCCUAGGCGGAAACUAUGUAGCAGGAGUUGCCCUGGGCCGAUGCAUCGAGGGUGCUUAUGAGAGUGCCUCACAAGUAUCUGACUUCUUAACCAAGUAUGCCUACAAGUAAUGAAAGAAGUGGAACUGUUCAUUUUGUUGCAUAGAUCAGGUGAAGCGAGGAUGAGGAAAACAAUCAUGAACAUGUUAGGUGAUCUUUCUUUUUGGACUGUACUUUUAUAGUUUUCCUAAUCGUAGUAAGUUAGAAUUUAGGUUUGUACAAGAAUGUUUCACUUGCUGUCCAGUGGAAUUGUUUCAGAUUUGGUGAUGCAACAUUCGUUGCCUAGUUUGACCCUGUACAUCCAUAUGAAAUAAAUAAACUGCAAAAGGCAGUGAAAAUGCCAAAUUGACGGUUUUCUUGUCUGA